AUGCAUAAGAGAGAGAUUAUUAAUAGAAUACGCAGAUGCUUUCGGGAACUCCUAACCGCAGCGCAGGGCUUUGCAGGUCAACAUUCUGGCGCCGGAGGGCCGUGGGGGGAAAUCCCUGUUGCGGAGUCACGCACUGGCCCCGGGGGAGCCAUUGUCCUGCGGCUCAGUGAAGCUCCAACACAGAAUGAAGUACUGGUCGCGCCCAAUAUAUGUCUCCUAAAACAGGAUGAUGUGGCAGGAGAACAUCCAGAAUAUGUCAUUAAGUUUAUCAAACAUCCAUCCAAACACACACGCACCCAGUUACACGAUUCUCAUGAUCCUGCAUUGCCCGUAGUGCGUGUGUCGCUGGUGGCCGUGGUGGUGCUGGCCGGAGCCUGCUGUGGAUACGGGCCGCCGAGGAGGACCUCGACUGGGGAAGGAUCUUCAGGGUUUGGCUCUGGAGCAUUUGCCUCCAGUAGCGCAGGCAGUCAUGGCUCUCUAGGCACCUUUGCAACCAGCAGCGCAGGGGCUGGCACUGCAGGAACAGGCUUCGGUUCUGGCACCUCUGGAUCUACCCAUGGUGUUGGUUCCACUGGCACUGGCUUUGGGGCUGGCACUGCAGGAACAGGCUUCGGUUCUGGCACCUCUGGAUCUACCCAUGGUGUUGGUUCCACUGGCACUGGCUUUGGGGCUGGCACUGGUGGCACAGGCUUCGGUUCUGGCACCUCUGGAUCUACCCAUGGAGUUGGUUCCACAGGCACUGGCUUUGGGGCUGGCACUGGUGGCACAGGCUUCGGUUCUGGCACCUCUGGAUCUACCCAUGGAGUUGGUUCCACAGGCACUGGCUUUGGGGCUGGCACUGGUGGCACAGGCUUCGGUUCUGGCACCUCUGGAUCUUCCCAUGGUGUUGGUUCCACUGGCACUGGCUUUGGGGCUGGUACUGGUGGCACAGGCUUCGGUUCUGGCACCUCUGGCACUGCAGGAACAGGCUUCGGUUCUGGCACCUCUGGCACUGCCGGGGCAGGAUUCGGUUCUGGCACCUCUGGCACUGCCGGGGCAGGAUUCGGUUCUGGCACCUCUGGAUCUACCCAUGGAGUUGGUUCCACAGGCACUGGCUUUGGGGCUGGUACUGGUGGCACAGGCUUCGGUUCUGGCACCUCUGGCACUGCAGGAACAGGCUUCGGUUCUGGCACCUCUGGCACUGCAGGAACAGGCUUCGGUUCUGGCACCUCUGGAUCUACCCAUGGUGUUGGUUCCACUGGCACUGGCUUUGGGGCUGGCACUGGUGGCACAGGCUUCGGUUCUGGCACCUCUGGCACUGCCAGUUCAGGAUUCAGUUCUGGUUCAAGCCAUGGAGCUGGCACGACCGGCUCGAGCGCAGGGACCUCAGGCUCAGGCUACAGUUCGGGCACUGGAUCUGGAUCUGGUGCAUCCGGGGCUUCAGGAGCCUUUGGCUCAGGUGGUUCAGCAUCUGGAGGAUUUGGGACUUCAGGCUCUUUUGGAGCGGGGGCCUCGGGUAGCCAAGGGGCAACGGGCUCAGGAUUUGGUUCAAGCUCUUCUGGUUCAGGCUUUGGGGCAGGCACGUCACAUGGUGCAGGCGCCUCAGGAUCUGGCUUCGGAGCUGGCGUCUCCGGAUCCCAGAUCGGCUCAGGCUCUCAUGGUGCAGCUGGCUCAGGCUCUGGGUUCGGAGCUGGUGCCUCUGGGUCCAAGUUUGGCUCAGGCUCACAUGGUGCAGCUGGCUCAGGCUCUCAUGGUGCAGCUGGCUCAGGCUCAGGCUUCGGAGCUGGCGCCUCUGGAUCCCAGUUCGGCUCAGGCUCACAUGGUGCAACUGGCUCAGGCUCUGGGUUCGGAGCUGGUGCCUCUGGGUCCAAGUUUGGCUCAGGCUCACAUGGUGCAGCUGGCUCAGGCUCUCAUGGUGCAGCUGGCUCAGGCUCUGGCUUCGGAGCUGGUGCCUCUGGAUCCCAGUUCGGCUCAGGCUCUCAUGGUGCAGCUGGCUCAGGCACUGGCUUCGGAGCUGGCGCCUCUGGAUCCCAGUUUGGCUCAGGCUCUCAUGGUGCAGCUGGCUCAGGCUCUGGGUUCGGAGCUGGUGUCUCUGGGUCCAAGUUCGGCUCAGGCUCACAUGGUGCUGCUGGUUCCUCUGGUCACAGACAUUCGGGAUCCAGUGGCGUAAGUGGGCACGGAGUGACUGGUUUUGGUGGUUCAGGCGCAACCAUACAGUUCAUUGGUGGUGAAGUGGACGACAGCAAUGAAGUAACCGUCCUCAGAGGACCCUCACUCAUCGUGGGAGGACGUCCUGUAGGUGGAGGUGGCCAUGUAACCGCAGGAGGCCAGCUGAUUGGAGGAGGCCACCUAAAUGCAGCAGGCCAUGUAGGAGGAGUUCGCCCUGGAAGCGGAGGGGCCGUUGGUGUAGCGGCAGGGCACAGGGGAACAAGCACCGGCGUCAGCUUCACAAGCACUUCCACAGGAUCAGGCCCCGUGCACGCCGGCUCCUGCCCCUCCAUCGGUCGCUGCUCAGGCUCCGCCUCCUACAGCAAGCCCUGCCAGAACGACGGGUCCUGCGGUCCCACAGAAAAGUGCUGCUUCGACACUUGCAACAACAGCAACGUGUGGGUCUGCAAGCCAGCAGCAAACAAGAAAUGGUAGAUCCCUCUGCGAAACACACGUCGGCCCGUUUCUCCCUCCCGCGCGUGCGCCGACCGCUGGAUGCCGAUGGGUGUUCUAGGUAUUAGUAAAGACUGAGGAUUAUGAUUUUAAACAACUAUAGUUUUCGUACAGUUUCCAUAUCGAGGUCCUGCCAUCCUUGCUUAUAUGUUAUAAAAACACAAACUACAUCAACAUGGACAUAUAGAAUAGAAUGUAAUGGGUUGUAACCACCAAAACAACAUUCAGUUACAUGGAACAAUUAACACGAAAAACAUCGCAAGCAAUCACCACGUGAGCUUGCAUUUGGCUGUUUAUUCUGUGCCUACGGCGCCAAUGUCACGCCAGGGCUACGCCGAAAUAAAGAUCAUUUAUAAGA